CUCCCCCUACCCCAGGAUCCGCAAUGGCUCAGCUCAUGAAACCUGUGCCUUCCAACCCUUCGGUACCACAGUUCACACCCCCACCUCCUCCUGCUCCCCCUCUCAAAAUUCAUCAGGUUCAUCAGAACAUCGUUCAGUCUGCAGCUUUGCCACCGCCACCUCCGUCUGUGCCAGCACCUCCACCUCCACAAGCUCCUCCUAAGCCUGCUGUGACUCUCCCUACACAAAACAGUGCAAAAUCCAUCUCGGCAGUUGCGCCACAUCCAGUGCCACCACCUCCUGUUCCUUCAGUAAAGAAGCAGCCAAGUUUCACCACCCCACAAAUGCCAUUAUCUCCUGCCUCGCUAGGUCCGUCUCCUCCACCCACUCUGCCCAAGCAGCAGAACCACUCUAGUAAGCUUCCUCCCUCCCCACAGUCGCCUGUGCCAUCAGUUGUGAAGCAAAUAGCCAGCCAUUUUCCUCCCCCUCCCAUGCCAGUUUCAGAGCCCCAGCCUUUAAAACCUGCCCCUCUGAGUGUACCACCCCAGUCUCCUCCAGCAGUAAAAGCCAAGCCAAAAUGGCAGCCGACCUCUGUUCCCUCCCCUGAUUUUCCUCCUCCACCCCCUGAAAGUAGCCUAGCAUUCCCUCCUCCACCUUCUCCUUCCUCUUCUCCACUGAUCGUCUCCCCUGCCCCAGAUAAGUCAGGAGGUUCUCCAGUCAAAAAAGCUAGUAAGACUUCCAGUCCUGGAGGAAAGAAGCCUCCUCCUACACCUCAGCGCAAUUCCAGUAUAAAAUCGAAUAGCUCGGUCGAGUCCAGUGAACCUAAGAGGCCUUCAGUGGACAUCUUGGUUAGCAAAUUUGCACAUGCCCCCGAGCCCUCCGGGUCUCCUGCCAAGGAAUCCCCAACUCCACCCGCGGCUCCUCCAAAGCCAGGAAAGCUCUGUCUGCCUGUCGUUCUCCAGCAGGCAGGCAUUUCAGCGAAAGCCCCUGCCACGGGAGCACCGGGCAAAGGUGCCGUAGAGGAAUUUCCUUCUCCUCCGUCAGAUUCAGACUUUCCCCCUCCGCCACCUGAAAUCGAUCUUCCUUUGCCACCCGUAGAAAUCCCUGCUGUUUUUUCAGGCAAUACCUCGCCAAAGGUCGCUGUGGUCAAUCCCCAACCCCAGCCGUGGUCUAAGUCAUCUGGGAAGAAAGCUCCCCCUCCAACACGUCCCAAACGCAAUGACAGCACCCGUCUCACGCAAGCAGAAAUGGUGGAGACGCAGGUGGUUGUCAGUGCACAAGUGCCCACCUCGCCCAAGUCUGGCCUUAGCGUUCAGCCUGGUUUCCUGGCUGAUCUGAAUAGGACUCUGCAGCGUAAGUCCAUCACUCGACAUAGCUCCCUCUCCUCUGCCCGGAUAUCCAGAGCUGAGCCGACUGCCACAAUGGAUGACAUGGCUUUGCCCCCGCCCCCACCAGAACUUCUCACAGACAAGCAGAAGACCAGCAGCUUUGGAGGUAGUCAUAUAUUAGGCUAUGCAACCUUACGGAGGGGCCCACCUCCAGCGCCCCCAAAGAGGGAUCAAAACACCAAACUGUCUAGGGACUGGUGAUGUUUCGUGGACCCUCUUUGCAUUGCCAGCAAACCCUACGUGCGAUGCAUCUUGUACUGAGACUCCUGGUCUUAAUAGCCGUGAUCUGAAAAAGUCUGUUCUAACAAUAGCUGUGGGUAGUGACUACAUUCACUUCCAGAAACAGUCCCCAAAGUUCUGCUAUUUGUGUUCUGUGUAUUGGGGUGAAGGAUGGGAUGAUUACUACUUCAAAUGUUCAAAUACUUCAUAAGGAUUGGACCAAAAUCUUUAACACUAUUUUUUUCCUGCUGUUCAGGAAAUAACUGUUGUCUGUCAGUGUGGGACAUGUUGGUGCAUGUAUUAUAAAUGUAGGUAUAUAAUAUAUUGUGAAAUAUUUUGUUGGGAUUGUAGAGGCUCACCAGAAUGUUUUUGUACAUCUGUAUUUAUUGUUUCAGUCAACUGACAUUUUUAUCAGAAAUUAAUUGGGUUACCUAUUAGAAAAGUCCUUUGCUUUUGAAAACAAAAAUGUUGGGGCACCUUAGAUCAUUGGAAACCUCUUUGGGCAGUUGGUGACGGGUACGCAGGGCUGACCAAUUCCGUCAGUCUCUCUGCAGAAUCAAUUGAUUGAAAAAUUCAGACACAGUCUACCAAAACAUUCUGGUUGCAAUACUACUGAAAUAUAAAUCCAUAUAUAGAAAAGAAAAGUGCUGUACAAUGGGGCUGCAGUUAAAUAUAUUGGGUAAUAAAGGCAUUCUGUUCUAUAAUUCUUAAGGGAAUAAGCCCCUUAAAAUAUAGCGGGACAUUCUCCUGAGUAAACAUGCAUAGGAUUUGACUGUAAACCUAGCAUUUUAGGCACACGUUCUAAGGAGGAAUGUAUAACGAAUUGAACAUAGCAAAAUAUUGUGCAUUUGAAACAGAGCAUCAUCAAUCCCCAAACCCUCAAUGGAAUGAUUUGGACUGGUGAUGCUGUAUGUGAUGCACAACGUUUAAUUCUUUUUCACUUACAUGUCUGUUUUGGUUAAGUGAACGUUGUGUAUCAGAAGGCACUCUAGACGUGCUGCCGUCAUGUCUGACCACAGUCUCUCUUAACUGGAUACAUGGUGCUGCUCAUCAAAUUGCCAGUGUGCAAGUUUACACAUAGUGGGUGCAUCUGUCUCUCUCUCUUCAGAAUGAAACUUAAUUACACAUGCAAAUAUUGCCCUCAUUGUCACAAACUUUUAAAAAGAAGAAUUCUUUGGGCAUUCCAACAGGAGAUAGUCAGGAUGCUCCAGAGGAGAAAAGAACGUGGCAGAUGAACACCAUGGGGGACACAGCUUAAAUCAAAGGAAAGUAUCUGGACAAGCAACCGUAGCAUUGUGUUGAAGGGGCAGGGUUGAUGUGCAUUUGGGUAUAAAAACUGAGAAGCAUUGGUUUCAGCCAUCUCAUUGAUUUGUGGGAUUUAAGUGAAAUAGCUCUUCUUCAUACCAAGAUUUGUGGGUAAGUCAAAUGCUAAUUACAGAAACACUAUUUAACCAGAAAUAUCAUAGGAUGCAUAAAAUAACUUAAAAUCAUUACUGUGCAUGUGCUGUCCAAUACAGUGGAUUGUAAAAAUGUCUUUUUAUAUUGGCAGUUGUAACUGAUGGAUCAUGAAGGCAACAUCACUGGUUUAAAAGGGGACCUGUAGUUACUAGUUUGAGUUUGAACCCCCAAAGGUUAGCACAGCCUCGUCUAAAUAUUUUAAGUGUUUGUGUGUACCAAAAGUUACUUCUGAAGAUUAGUCAUUUCAAGUAUGUACACACACUGACACACAAACACCUGGACUUCUGCUUGAAUUAUGAAGAGAGGAUUCAUUCAGGAAGUGUUUGCCCUAGAAAGAAGUAAGAAAAGGUGACUUUUUUUUUUUUCCUUUGUAGAACUUAGGUCAAAAAUGAUCCUAACAACAGGAAAGUGGUGCUACGUCAUCUAAUGCUGAAAUCCUAGUGGAUGAUUUGCUCUGCCCCAGAUGUGUCCUGUGUGUCCUGGGCAUAUUUUUCCUAUUUGAGAAUACUUUACCUGAGCAAUAAUAAUACACCAUUUUGUGCAUUUUUAAAGCACUGCUAUUAGAAGGCACUUUUUUUGUAUCUGUCAGAGCAUUUGGAAUUAUAAAGUGUCCUUAGCUAUUAACCACAUUUGCAUUAGUGUACUUUAACAUGUUAUAUUUGGCUUACGUCUUACAGUAUGGUGUUUAUUUUUUUUUCUUGAGAAGGCGUUGGUGCUCUGCCUUUGCGUCCCUCCUGCUGCUGCUGCUGCUGCUGCUGCUGGAGCCAGUGACUGGCUCUGGAGGAGAAUGCCUCGUUUUGGGGGGUACCAAGCUGAGUGAUAGGAAUGAGGGAGGUGCCGUGAGGCAAAGAGGUGGUUCACCUUCUUCCUUGGACCUUUCAUGUUCCUUCGGAGACAGGGAGGGUUGAGGCACAGCCUGGGUUCACUAACCAUGACGAAAUAGUGUCAAAUGCAAAAAAAAACCUAGUACCUGCCUGUGACAAAAAUCCUUCUACACGAGUUAAAUGUCUGAGGCCAUCAGGUUAUGUGCCCCACAGAUGUCGAUACAGAAUUUGACCCAGGCAGCAGGAGCCAGGGGAUGCCCUUCUACAGGCCUUUGGUCUUUUAAAAAAGAGAUUAAUGUAGAACUUUCUUUCCUGGAUGCUCCCAUUUUGCAGGUAGGUUCCUACGCUUUCUCUCUCUAGUGAGGUUUGCAUCUUUUACCAACAUAACGAGGUGUCUUGAGGUACUUUCUUUACCCCUUUUGGCUAAUCUCCUCCGGCUUAGUGCAUCACCGUUUCUGCCCUUAUGGCUCUUACCCUUUUCAACCCUUCUCAAGGGCUUUUGGUUAAGUAUCUGAGAAGCGGUGAAGCAUCACAGGGCGGCAUCAGGUUGAUCGGUUUUGAAUCGAAUAGGUAGCCUGCAUUUUCCAUUACAGUCAUUGCCCUGACCUGGUAUAUCUGUAAUUUCUUUCCAGAGGUCUCAGUUCCAUAUUGUAUCAGACUGUUCAAGCAUUCAUACUUGGUUUUUGAAUUAGGAUGCUAAAUAGGUUUAAUACCUAUACCUCAGGGCUACAGUUUUCUUCAAAAAUUUCCCCCAAAGGCUCUGACCCAUGGGAUUAUGGCAUAUCUUAUUAGACUUCCAAACUGAGAAGUUAAAAAUAAGGUAAGAAUAUUUAACCCAGAGAUGGUUAAAUAUCUAAAAUAUAAUGAGAAGAAUGUUCUGAGUAAUUUAAUUAAUGGCUCAAUUAAUGGCUAAUUCACCUUUUGCUGAAUAAACAAUCUCAUUUCUAUUGGCAUUUCCUUUUUUUCUUUUUUCUUUUUGGUUCAUACAAUUUGAAAAGCCUUUUGUCCUUAAAGAUUUAAUUCUUAAAGGAUGUAAAUUGGGUUUCAGAUUUAAACAAGGUUAGACCCAAAAGCAAAUUUCUGGUUAUAAUCCUUUUAUUCUGCAAGCAGGUACAUCUAAAAUACAUAGCUAUUGUCUAAUAAUAAUAAUAAUAAUAAUAAUAUGAAAUAGUUCUUCACAGUAUUUUUAAGUGACUUCUAUAUACCCUCUAAACUUAUUAAUAAAUUAUUCUUCUGAAUGAUUCUUGAAAAUGUAUAAAAGCUAAAAAUAUUUUUAAAAUAGGGCCAAACUCUAUUAAAUUUGAAAGGAUUGUGUUCACUUAAAGUGGAAGCAAGGCCAAGGGGAAUUGGUAUCAAUCCCUGUGGCUGCCCACAGUUGGGCUGAGGACCAUGGACAGGAAAGUUGUUCAUCACAAUUCUCUCUCUCCUACUAUUUACUAAGUCUGUGUGUGUGUGUACUCCAUGUGUGUGUGUAUACCUCUAAAUUACAUGGAUGGAUGGUUUGGUCCUAUGAUACAUUGCAGCUGAACUGAUUUUCAUCUAAAACUAUAGAUCUCAUUUUGUUAAACCAUAAUAAGUUUGCCAUUAUGAUUAUGGAAGUUAUCAUUAGAUAGUCAACCAUUUCAGUGAUCUGCAGUCUUAUGUGAUGUAAAAAAUGUUAUUAGGUAUCUGCUCCCUCAAUGUAGGGCUCACUUAAAAUUGGGGGGGGGUUCCCCCCUUCAACCAACUAUAGAUACUAUAUUCUUCCCCAGCUUGUACAUUCAAAGUUCACAGAAGUUUGGCAAACAUGACAGGAAGGAGCAUCUGGCUCAUAUAGUAUUUUCUUGCAUUGUUGUAAUGCCUGGGCUACUCUGCCUGGUGGAAAUCAGAAUGUGUAGAUUGGAGAGGUUAAGAGAGAUUUUAUAGACAUGCUUUAUAGACAUGCUCUCAACAGUGAAUAGGAUAGCCCCAUAAUAUUGGGGAUGACCUUGUCUACCAAAGAAAAAUAGGAUAGCCUGUGGUGGUUCUCUCAAGGACUGCUUACAUCUUCACAAAUUCAGGCCACAGUACAAAAGUUUUGGAAAACAAGGUUUCUGAUCGGAAUGUGUAUUGCCUUUGUUUUACUGUGGGGUGCAUCAUUCUAAGAUACCUAUUUGUGACUGUGCUGCGACAUACUCUAUCCCCACAUCUUUGUAUUUUUGCCAUCAGAAAAUGGGUGAGGUCAACACUAGUCUGCUUUUCCCUGCUUUUCCUAUUUUGUAAUUGUAAAUUUUAGGAUUGUAAAUUGUGAGAAAGAACAUUUUAUUUGUGUUGCAGCCAUUGGACGGAGUCAAUGGUGGUGAUUCUUGUAUCUGAUUAUGCACAUGUAAACCACCAAUGUUAUAGCAAUGAUUUUGUCUGUGUAGCCAAUGUGUGCUAUGUGCUGUAAAUAUAUCCAUAUGUUUACCGCUUUACAGGAAAAAAAAAUUGCACAUUCUUUCUGAAUGGGACUGCCUCCCCAUAUUCUUUCAAGAAUGAAAGUUCAUUGCAAGUAAAAACUUAUGGUUGAGAAGAGCUGUUCUAUAUAAAUAUUCUAUAAAUAUGUAUAAAUAUACUUUUUUAAAGCAUGGGUAAAGAAAAAUGCAUUCAUGGAAAGUACUAAGAAAUCAUUAUACAAUGGAAUAUGCACAAGUCAA